AUGCAGGUAUUGCUCUUUUUCUGCAUCUUCUGCGUAUUGCUUGCUACGGGAGUUUGCUUGCAAUGUGAAUACUGCAAAAGUGCCACGGCGUCCUGCACCGGUGUCCCACAGAAGUGUGCGCCACAGGAAAAUGCCUGCAUUAUCCUGACCGUGGAAAUCAGAAAAGGGAAGGAGGUGUCACUGGCCACCUAUAAAGGCUGCACCAGGUCUAUCUACUGCACUCCCUCGCCCAUGAGCAUCAGAAUUCCUUCCUACCACAAGCGAAGAGCCAACAAGUGUUGCCGAAAAGAUCUUUGCAACUCGGGAGCAGCGCCACUGCCGCCACUACGGCUGAAUCCAAAUGGAAUGCAAUGUCCCGGAUGCUUGUCAAAGGAUCCCAAGUGCCCACCCACCGAGAUCAUAAACUGUCGUGGCUGGGAGGUCUUUUGUGUCUUCUACGAAGUGUGGGCUGAUGAGGGUGGCAGCAUCUCCAGCUUUUCGAAGGGUGGCUGCGGAAAUAAGGAAGCGUGUAUGCACGAGCCCCGCAUCAUAGGGGUGCCCAGAUUGUUUAUGGAAACGAUAAGGAAGACAGAAUGCACUCAUGCUCCCAUGCUAAUCAAGAAAGGUCACAAAUAG